CCUGCACCCCUUCUUCCCGCCCUGCCCCAUGAACACCAAUGUCUGCGUGGAGCCCGGGCCGGGCCCGGAGGCGCCGGGCCUGCCCAAGGAGAGCCACCUGCCCGAGGGCGCGCUCAACGGCCUUGUGGAUUACAACUCGGAGAUGGAGCGCUACCGCUCCUUCGCCAGCUCCUUCUACAAGACCAACGGCGGCGCCUUCCCGCAGGCCGCCAAGAUCGCCCGCAUCACCACGCCCAUCUUCCCCAGCAGCGCCGCCGCCGCCGCCGCCGCCGCCCGCAUCGGCAUGUCCCCCUGGAGCUGCGACAACGCCGCCACCGCCGCCGCCGCCACCGCCAUGCUCUGGGGGGGAGGGGGAGGAGGAGGCGGCGGCGGCGGCGGCGGCGGCGGGGGAGGAGGAGGAGGAGGAGGAGCGGGAGGAGGGGCGGCCGCCGGCGGAGCCAGGAAAUCCACCGCCGCCGCCGCUGCCGCCUCCGCCUCCUCCUCCGCCUCCGCCUCCGCCUCCUCCACCGCCGCCGCCGCUGCCGCCGCUGCCGCCGCCGCCGCCGCCGCCGCCGGAGCAUCCUCCUCCGCCUCCGCCCCCGCCCUCCACGGCGGCAGGCCCGCCAUGCACCACCGCAACGACUCCCCCAGGCUGGGCAAAGCCGGCUGCCCGCCCGAGCCGGCCCUGCAGAUGGCCAACACGAAUUUCCUCUCCACCCUGUCCCCCGAGCACUGCAGACCUCUGGCGGGGGAGUGCAUGAACAAGCUCAAGUGCGGCGCCGCCGAAGCGGAGAUCAUGAACCUCCCCGAUCGCGUGGGGACCUUCUCCGCCAUCCCGGCCCUCGGGGGCAUCUCCUUACCCCCGGGGGUCAUCGUCAUGACGGCCCUCCACUCCCCCGCCGCCGCCUCGGCGGCCGUCACGGACAGCGCGUUUCAGAUCGCCAAUCUGGCGGACUGCCCGCAGAACCACUCCUCCUCCUCCUCCUCCUCCUCGGGGGGGGCCGGCGGGGCCAACCCGGCCAAGAAGAAGAGGAAAAGGUGCGGGGUCUGCGUGCCCUGCAAAAGGCUCAUCAACUGUGGAGUCUGCAGCAGUUGCAGGAACCGCAAAACGGGACACCAGAUCUGCAAAUUUAGGAAAUGUGAAGAGCUUAAGAAAAAACCGGGCACUUCACUAGAGAGAACACCUGUUCCCAGCGCUGAAGCCUUCCGAUGGUUCUUUUAAGCAGUAGAGUAUCUUAUUUCCAAGGCAGUCGGAAGUGAAUGGCAAAUUAAAGUCUUGUUUUAAGAAACUGCUUAGUCAUCUACUGAAGAAAAUACUCAGAUACUAUUUUCAUUUUGUGUAUAGGAGUUUCCUCAAAAAUGAAACAUAAAAUCUGGGAGCCUGGGGAAGUGGCCAGUCUAUUUACCUUCAGUACACUCAUUCUUUCUUGGAUGUAAUUUAGCUAUCCUAGUGAAGUUGUUGUCUAUUUUUCAAGUGGCUGUAAAAUAAUUAAGUUUGGGUAAACUCCUGCUGUAAAAUCAUGUAUCUUUGCAAAGUAACAUAUCUAUACUUCAUUUUCAAAUAUAUGUGUUUCAGUACUGUAAACUGUACAGAUAGCAGCUUGUAUUUUGUGUGUUUAGACACAAGGAGACAAUCAGGUCUGAGCAUCUAUGGAGAUUAACGGUUUAUACACAACAGUGCAGUUCUGCGAGUUUAAUCAGGAGCAAUAAAUUCUAGCUUUAAAUAUUUUUUUCUUUGCCAGUUGUUCAGUGACAACAGCAGCACUGUGUGCCCCACAUCCUUCCUUAGAGACUUGAUGCCAAAUUUUACAAGAGUAAAAGAUGAUGAUGCAUCUAGCAAUUACUUUAGGUUGUAGUGUUGUAAGAGGGGAAAACAUUAUAAAAGUUUCAAUUAAUCUUUUUGAGCACUAUACUAGAGUAGCGGUUAUGCAUUUGCACCGCUUACAAAAGAGCUGUACAGGGGAUAUGCCUCCAGAGUACUUAGAAUAGGUGACUUGCCUUUGACUGCAUUGUUAGGUGGAGUUCUCACAGUGGGCCGGGCAGAAUCAGUCUGGUACAGUCUGUUUUUUAGGAGACAGGAGAGUGGAGCUCCGUAUCUUAGAAAAGAACUCUACAGUUGAUGAUAUUGGCCUUCCCAUCCGGGGUGGUGCUGUAGACCUUGUCAGCAGGAAACAAGAAAAUUUUAUCAAAUGUAUCCGAUUAUCUUCACUUCCACGUAUGAUGCUCAUUGGUGAGGCUUGGUAUGGUCCAGGCCUCCUUCAAUUCUUCAGGUCCUUCUGUCUUAAAGUUCCGAUAGCCUGGAUACAUCUCGGUUAAGUGUGUCCAUAAUCUCCUUCACGUCUUUGUCGGUCCAUUCGGCCUCAGUGAAAUGCUCCACCCACAUUUCUUUCCGGUCCCAGCAACCCCUCACUCUCUCACUCCAGGGAACAGCCGUGGGCCCCAGGCAGAACCUGCUCCAGCUCAGCCAGCAUCGACAUUCUGUAAGCGGCUGACGUGACUGACACUCCCUUGAGACUUAUUGGGUCUCCCCACUAGAGUCGGGCCUCAUUGUACCAGUCACAAAGGAGACAGCCGGGUCAUCGAGCUAGGCACCUGGGUAGAGAAAACAAGCUCGAUGCACAUUCCUGGCUUCUCCGUGUAGGGGGAUGAUCACCCCUAGCUUUGAGUCAUCACUGAAGCAGCCAGGUCAUUUGAACCCCUCUGCCUGUCAUUUCCUUUUUUUCAAUCCUUAGACCUGCAUUCACCAGCUGGAAACAUGUUUGGAAACUAGGAGAGUGUCUACUAAGGAGAAAAUUAGAAGAAUUUGGAGUCAGCAUAGUUGAUCUGGGGAACGGGAGAGGGGCACAGGAAGCAUACAUGCAGGGGGGUGGUUUUUGUUAGUGUUUAGCUGUCAGUUUGGAUUGUAAUGAAAUGAUUGGGAGGUCCAGGUGAGAAGAAUCAGGCCUAGGUGAGGGGUAGGGGAACCAAUGAUAUGAUGGGGCAGUGAAGCUUUAAGAUGCCAAUGUAGAAACCAUUCACAGAGUUCACCUCUCACAGACCGUGACACAGCCUAUGCUUCAUUGAGGAGAUGGCCCCUUUCGAAUCACCACACUGUGUGUCGGACGACUCCAUUUUUAGAAAAGGCAGUGAAACAAGCCACAGAAAUGAAACAAAGCUUAGUGUUAAUUGAUUUGGUAGCUUUAUACUUAGUGUUAUUUCAUUUUAGAUUACUCUGAUUAGAACCUCUGUUUUACAGGGUGGGACCAAUGAGAGCUGUGUAAAUUUGUUGUUACCAAAAAUGCUUAUUAAUUAAAACUGAGGGAAGUGUUUUUGCACAGCUGGCUGGUAAGCUCGCGUGGCAUUUUGGAAGAUUGUGCUAACUCUUACAGAAGUAAAACAAAAUUCAGUUCAGGCUACAUUAGGUGUACAAUACCUUUCAAAGAUAUUUCUAGCAAUGUACUCACUGUCUGAAAUACCCUAAUGUUGCAUGUCUUGAUGUGGGUUUUUUUUGUUUGUUUGUUUUAAGGAACUGAUGGAAUCUGUAUAUUGUAAAUGUGAUGUUUUACCUGUCAAUUCAAAACUAUUAGAGAAAAAGAAGCCUGAUGAUCAUUAAAAUGAACAAAGGUAAACUUUAUUUGAUUCCUGCAUAUUUUUGAUUCUGGAUAUUGUUCCUUUAUGUCAUAAGAUUUUUAUGUUUGGUAAACAAUAUUUAUGUAAUGUAUGUGUAUAAGAGCAUUCUGGUUAGUGAUGUUUGAAGAAAAGAUAACCCUUUUCUGACCUCCCUCCAUUUCUCUCCUGUACAUCACAUAUAAAUGUUUGAAAAGCAAAUCAUUAAAAUGCUGAGUUUUAAUGACUAAAGUAUUGAUUUUCUCACAACCCCUGGUUAGUUUUCAUUUACAAACUACAAAAGCAAAUGCAGGCUAAAAGUUUGAUGUCUUCUAGGUGAAAAUAAUAAAGACUCCCUAAAAUGAAUUACAAAUAACCCCCCCCCCCCCACAAAACAACUUUUAAAUGUUCCCUGACACCUGAUUAAGGAGCAAUGCUGUCAGGAGGCUUGUUUCCAAACACACCCACAUCCACCUACUCAGUGCCAUUUCCCUGAUGAGAGGGGAGGUUAGACUCCCAGGGUGCCUUGCAGGUUUUCUUGAUCUGGCUUGAGGGGAAAAUCUCAAUGAGUGUAGCGAGCACACUGUUUUCUCUUCUCCAGGAUCCAGCCUGGAUAUUAGCCAUUGAUGGAUGCCAAAGCCAUUACAUCUGUCCUGUGGUAACUCUGCCUCCCGCUGAACCACUUCCAGACCUCACCUCCUCCUCUUGCCCUAGUCCUCAGCCUCCAGCAUCCUUCAGGCAGAGCAGUACCAUCUAUUGGUCCCACACGGGAGGAGGUUAACACUUCCCCUUGUUGAAGGUUGACUCUCCUGCUCUUACAUGGGAGGAGGAUAACAUUUCCCCUUCUGGAAAGGACACAGAAGCUUGACUCUUCUGUUCUUAUACGCUCCUCCCCCUGAAUUUGGGAAGAGGAAAGGGCAGAAUAGGAAUUCAUAAUUUUAUAAUGAUGGUAUUUAUUAAGUGCUUACUCUGUGCCAAGCACGGCUGUUAUCAUCAGGGUAGAUAUAAGAUCAUCAAAUCAGACCACAGUCUAUCAGUUGCCCUUUCGUACUUGGGACUCAUAGACCAAGAGGGAGGGAGAAAAGGUAAUUUAUCCCCAUUUUACAAAUAAGAAAACUGAGGCACUGAGAAAUUCAGUGACCUGCCCAACGUUGCACAGCAGGAUAGUGAUGAAGCUGGGACUAGAACCCAGGCCCUUUGACCCCAAAUCCUGUGCUCUCCCAUUAGGCUGUAAGACCCUCUCUAAGAGAAAGAAAUGCUCCCUUUUGUUAUGAAUCCCUACCACAUAAGUCACACAGUCAAUGCUAAAGCAUAUAAAGUCUUUAUACUAGCUCUAUCUGUAAUCAAAAAAUGAAAAAAAGAAGGUAGUUAAAUGAACAUACCAUUCAGGGUCGUAUACAGUCAGCAAAAGCCGUAGUAGGUCUUUGAUCAUAGUUAGAUGCAUAGUGAUAUCAAGCAGUUGGUUCUCAUGUAACCACUAAAUGUUUCAGAUUUUGUUUUCAUUAGGUUUGGCAGUCUCACACUGAGCUCUACUUAUUCCUAGUUAAUAAAAGACAGCUACUAAGUUAGGAAGGAUUCCAUUUUCACCAUUGCAGGGAAGUUGGAGAUUUUUCAGAAACAUGGGCCACAAAAAUGUACUCCUUUCACAGUGUUCUCCUAUUUCUGAACUGUGCAGUUAUCUAUUACAUUUUCUAAUAGAUAUUUGUGUAAGGUGUAUGUAUGCUUGUGCAAUUAUAGAAAAAAAAACAGUUUUGGAAAACAGUGUAUUUAUUUAAAAUAUCACUUAUGGGGCAUGUACCAAACUGUAAAAAAAAGAAAAAAAACACAUUCAAUUUGCCCAGUAAAGUUGUUUUUGUGAAAUAUCUGUGUUGUUGAAUAAAGGAUUUUAGUAUUCAAAA